CAACUGGAAAACCAUAAUUAACAUAGUUCACAGCUUGUAGAAACUGACAAGUCUGUGGUGGUCUUUUAAACAUGCUAAUGUGCUGCAGGUUUUGUGGUCCCACACGGCGACACGCAUUACAAAAUGUGCUACAGUUCCCUAGGUCGUGAAAUGGGUUUGUAAGUUGACAUAUUUCUUGCUGCGGACUAGUCAGCUGUCAUACAUUGGAUGUAAGUCUGCUGAGAGCCAUGGGUGGGGUAUGCAGUGGAUAUACAGUUCCCAAGAAAAUACUUCUGACUGGACCCAAAGGGUCAGGUAAGACAACGCUGCUGUACACAUGGUGUGUGGGUGGAAAGGAUGCCAAGGUGCCUCGGACGGAGAGUUUCAAUGUGGAGAUGGUGCAUGGGCCCAGGGGCGGACAACUCCUGCUGGUCUGGGACGUCACUGAUCCCAUCCGCAGACGACAGUUCUUUCAUGGAACAGAAGCAAUAGUGUACAUGAUUGACAGCAGGUAUUUGUCUGACCUUGAUGAUGUACGCGAUGACCUGCAUGUGCUCUUGGAAGACAGGGACUUGAAACAUCUGCCUGUGCUAUUGGUCCUGGGAAAGAAGGACCUAACAGACAUGUUCUCCUUGGACGAGUUAGGGAAGAAGCUUGGUCUUCUAGAGGCGAUGCAGUCUCGCCAGUAUGACUGGGUGUCAGUAAGGAAAGACGACAAUCGCACAUACCAGACAGCUCUCUAUAAAUUGUGUGAACUGAUCUUCUCUUGAAUUUUGAUGAAUAUUUGAGACGUUAACAUAUUUAUGCUCCCUUUUCAAAGAAGGCCACCCAUCUCCCUCUACCCGAAAUGUCAAAGUCACACUUAGGGCCAAAGAACAAACUUCGCCAUAAACAGAUUGAAAAAUUCCUACCUCAGCCAUAACUUUGCCAUAUAUUGAUGGAUUUUGAAAUAACUUUGCACAUAUGUCAACCAUUAUAAGACAAUAUGUUCAGGCUUGCUGAAAAGUCCCAAACAGUGCCUGUCAACCGGACAGGCUGAUGGAAAAGUAAGCCUGUGCGGACAAAAAUUCACCUGACCGAACAGCGUGAGUUUAUAACUGAAGAAUUUAGUAAAGUUUAACUCAUAUUUAUUGCAAUGUGCAGCCUGUGUAUAAGUAUUGGACACAGUAAGUUAGUUAUUGAUUUUGGAACAUAUAACAUCAAAUCAUUAUGUGUUCUUAUGCAAAUGUAAAUCACUGUAAUUUUAAAAUAUGUGAUUCAUUCAAUAUAAUAUGUAAUUAUGAAGUCAACUUGUACAAAAUAUACUCUUAUUUAUUCUCCAUACAAUAUCAAUCUUUUACAAAACUAUCUGUUUUAUAUUAUCAAAAAUAAAAUGAUAAUGCGAUAUUACACUGAUAUAAGCACAUUUCCGUGUUAUUUCAUGCGUUCUGACGAUACAUAAAGCAAAACAUUGCUUAUAUAUGAUGAUGACAACUUCAAAUUUGACAAUUUUGAUCAUUUGUAUUAGCAUUUUUAUCACAUGUAGUUUUUUGUUACAACCUUUGUAAUUGGAUAGAUGGUAAUAUGUCGGAACAAUGAAAUUGACGUUUUCGAAAAACAACAACAAAGGGAGAGUACUCUUAGGAACAAGUAACGCGUUAGUGUUCUUAAUGACAAAAAGGCUCGAAAUUGACGAAAAAAGUGAUUCCAAUUGGAUGUAAUCGUUCUUUUGGCAAGUAUUAGACUUUUCGGUAUUUAGUCAUAUUUUGUUUGGCCUGUCAUAAGGACCGGCAAUAUUAGAAACUUCGCCGGACCGUAAAAAAUUUUGCUGGACAAGACCGGAGGUCGGGCCUUUUCAGGAAGCCUGUAUGUUGCGUGUAAAAAUACGUCUCCCUACCAAAAUGGCCCAUGUAAUUCGUAGACAUUAAUGGUCAAAUUUUGAUUAACAAGCUUAUAUUCCUGUCUCAGCCAUGAUGUUGUCAUAAACUGAUUGAUUUGAAAAUAACUUUGCACAAAUGCAAUACAUCAUAACACACUUUAGAUGUAACACUCGUCUCAAUACCUCAAAGGUCGAGGUCACACAAAGACUUCAGAGGUCAAAUUUGGCAAUAAAACAGCUUGUUUCGACUGCAUCUUUGUCAUAUAUCAUGUGUUUUUUAACAAACUUAUCUUUGAUGACCAAUUUAGGAAAACAGUCAUUCAUGUUAAAAAGCUAUCUCUGUACCUGAGAGAUCAAGGCAACAUUUAGAGAUCAAAGGUCAGAUUUGGCCAUAAAAUAGCAAGUUCAUACUGUAACAUUGUCAUUCAUUAUAUUUUUAAGAUAACCUGCCAUAAAUGACUACAAUGAGGAGACAGCAUUAAGCUACUAUUACCCGUCUCAUUACCUCAAAGGUCAAGGUCACACUUAGAUCUCAAAUGUUAAAUAUGGCCAUAAACUCUUGUUUUCUUUAUUUUCUGUUAAUAGAAUUGUGAGACAAAAAUGGAAUGUUGGGGCAUCCGUGCCCUAUGGACUCGUGUAUUGUCUAGUCUUUAAUUGUGUAAUGUUAUGUUAUUGUAUUAUAUUAAUGUGUUAUGUAUGCACACAAUAAAACAUUUAAAAAAUCACAAA